AUGCGGUGGUCUUUCGUGCUGCUUGGCGCCCUUUCUGGGUUGGACGCAGCCAGGGGUCACGAUUCUAGGCCGCACAUGAACAUGGUGGGGGGACCCCAUCGCCGGGGAGUCGAAGAGCUGCGACGAAGGCGUACUGCAUUCGAGCCUUGGAAUCCGCCGACGGCAGCGAACAAGCCUCGGGCACACCACGCACACCAUCUGUCGCCUCGACAGGCAUCAUCCAGUCCCAUUCCGGUGGGAGACAACUCGCUGUGCGGAGCCGCAUAUGGGAGAUGCGCCGAUGGCUAUUGUUGUUCGGCUUCCGGGUAUUGUGGGCAAACUGCCGAGUACUGCUCUUCGCCCGACUGCCAGAUCAACUACGGCCCGGCCUGUGAUGGCAACAAGAAGCCCAGCGGGGCUGAUACAUCUAACGACGCAAGACCUUUGAAGGGCGAUGUCCCUUAUGGCGGCGUUGGCAUCUACGACUGCGUCAAUGUUGGUGAUGUUGCAAUCACCUAUGACGACGGUCCUUACCUAUACACUGCAGCCAUGCUGGACGCCUUCAAGGCUCACGGUGCUGUUGCUACCUUCUUUAUUACUGGUAACAAUAUCGGCAAGGGCAUGAUUAAUGUGGCGUAUGCCGAUGUUAUUAAGCGCAUGGUUGCCGAGGGCCAUCAGGUUGCCAGCCAUACGUGGUCCCACGAAAAUCUAGAUUCAUUGACGCUGGACCAACGUCGGAACCAGAUGGUAUACAACGAGAUUGCCUUCAACGACAUCCUGGGUUUCUAUCCCACCUACAUGCGUCCGCCUUACUCUAUCUGCGGCGCGGAGUGCCAGGGCCAGAUGCUUAGUCUCGGAUAUCACAUCACCUACUUUGACCUCGACACCCAGGGGUAUCUACACACCGACCCUAGUCAGAUUGGAUUCAGCGUAAAUUUAUGGGACCAGGCGAUGCUCGCUCGUUCGCCCUGCAACAGUAGCUAUUUGCACAUUGAGCACGACAUCCACCAGCAGGUUGCAACGACACUUACCAACCAUAUACUCGACUCCGUCGUUGCCAACGGCUGGAGAGCCGUUACUGUCGGCACGUGCCUGGGGGACCCCCCCGAGAAUUGGUACAGGGGCAGUGUUCCCGGCUACAACUUCGACAUCACCGCCGUCAGCGCCCCUGUCUGCUCCAGCACGGCCACAUCUGCUGGUACUUCCGCUACUUCGGGCUUGUCCGUAUUGCCCGUUUCCCUCGACGCCACCUGCGGUCCCGCAGCCGGGCAGACGUGCCAGGGCUCCAUCUUUGGAGACUGCUGUUCCGUGAGCGGUUAUUGCGGAAGCACCUCCCCCUACUGCGGCACAGGCUGCCAGCCCGGAUACGGCACUUGUGACGGCCAGUCGUCGUCAAGCUCAGGUAUCUCCGCCAGCUCCGCGCCAUCUUCGUCUUCCACACCAAGUGUGUCAGUCUCCACGGACGGUAUGUGCGGCCUGGCCAACGGCAAAACGUGCCUUGGGUCCAUCUUUGGAAACUGUUGCUCCCAAUACAACUACUGCGGCACCACCGAGGGUCACUGCGGUUCCGGAGGCCACAUCGGCUUCCUCCUCUGGAACUGCACCUCUUUCGACUUCCGGGAGCUCUGUCACCGUUCUCAGGAACAGUGUCACCACCUCUACGUCGUCUUCGGGGGCUGCAUCGCCUUCAUCUUCUGGGACUACGUCUACUUCAUCUUCGGGAACCCUUUCAGCUUUGGCUUCUGGGACUACAUCCACUCCGACUACUUCGUCUACUUCGGCCACUUCAUCUUCUAG